UAUUUUAUAAUGCCCUGUGUUACUGCUGCUGCUGUUUCAACAAAGAAGUGGCUAUUUAUUUGUCAAAACAACAAAAAUAUGUCAAUAACACAUGGUGUUAUAAAAUCUUACAUAUAUCCUAGUUAUUAGAAAUGCCCAGUAUAGAAUAAUUCAACAAUCUCAGAUUAUGCCGCAUGUGUCACUCGUGCACAAUCUGGCAGCCAUGUGGCAUCCAGAAAAAAUGGCGAUUGACACUGACAUAAAUCAACCGUGUUGGCCUAUGCUAGGUACGUGACGUGACAGUAUAUAUGUUUUGUGCACGUGACUAGACCUUCAUGUUUUGUGAGACCUUCUUCAGUGUAUACAUUUUGUGGUGUAUUUGUAUUUAUAUUUAUAUUUUUUUAUUUUGUGGGUUACAGGUUCAUUUUUUGAAAAUGUACAUAUAUCUUUUACCGUAUGAAGAAAGACAGGAAUUAUGUAAUAUUCUAGAUCAAAAUGAUAAAUGGGAGCAUUUGGGAGGUGCUCAGAUGAAGUACAGUAUAUGUGAGUUAGAUUCAUUAAAAAGGAAAGUUGCUUGUGGUGGGAAAUCCCCAUCUGAUGAAUUACUUACAAUGUGGAGUCAUCAGAACCACACAUUACUAGAAUUAUUUAUUCUUCUCAGUAAUAUGAAAUGUUACCAAGCCAUGGUAGCUAUAAAACAGUAUGUUGAUAAGCAGUAUCAUUACCUCAUUAAAGAUGGGAACAAACUUGAUGCUUUGAAAGGACGAAAGGAAAAUAAUGUCCUGGAGUCGCAAAUACAUCAAAACAAUUUUGAUGAUAAUGCUGAUAAGGUGUUAAACAAAUGCUUAGUAAAUGAUCUGACAACCUCAUGUAAUGAAAGUAGAGUUGAAAAUUUAUCUGCUCCCAAGUCUCCUUUAUUUUAUGGGAGACACAGAAUGACAAUAGCUUCAGACAGAUCUGCUGUAAUGGAGAGAGCCAGUGUUAUACCUUGUAUCCCAUAUGACGAACUGCAAAAAUCAACUAAUAACUGGGAUGAAAAUGUUGUUUUGGGAAAAGGAGGGUUUGGCAAGGUAUUCAAGGGUACAUGGAAAUGUACCCAGGUAGCCAUAAAACGCCUAGAACAAAGGUUAUCCAAACCUGAUAGUGAUAUGGAGCAGAUGAGACAAUCAUUUACAGAGUUGCAUUGUCUCAAUUCAUAUCGACAUGAUAAUGUGUUGCCUUUAUAUGGUUACAGUAUAGGAGGGCCUCACCCUUGUCUGAUAUAUCAGUAUAUGGCAGGCGGCUCCUUGGAUCAAAGGCUAAGAACAAAUGAUCCCUCUAGAGUACUCAGUUGGCCUACUAGAUUGAACAUUGCCGUUGGAUCAGCAAGGGGCCUACAGUUUCUGCACACCAAUAUGAUAAAUGGAAAACCGUUAGUCCAUGGAGACAUAAAAUCUGCAAAUAUCCUUUUGGAUCCAAAUGAUCAGCCAAGAAUUGGAGAUUUUGGGUUGGCCAGAGCAGGUCCAGAGGUCCAAUAUACGUAUAUAAAAGUGAGCAGAAUUCAAGGGACGCGACCGUAUCUUCCUGAUGAGUUUUUGCGUGGAAAGAAAUUCUCUACUAAGGUGGACACCUACAGUUUUGGAAUUGUGCUUUUUGAGAUAGUAACCGCACUACCGCCUAUGUUCGGUAACAGAAAGACUCUUAAAGACCAUGUAACCACAUAUGAAGGCGAUGCUAUCGAGCUGAAAGACAGUAGAGUUACAGGUUAUGAUGAAUGUUUCACGGAAAUUUUAAAUAUAGGAAAACUGUGUGUUAUGAAAUUGCCUAGGCAACGACCCGAGAUGAGGGAUGUACUAAUAACAUUGGAGAAAGUUUCACUUCAUCCAUGACUAGAGAGUUUUAGUGCAAUAAAAAUAAGGGAUCGUUAAGCCAUCUGUUACGAUUUUCGACAGCGAUAGGAAAUUAUGAUGAGACUGGCUAAUUUUUCAGUUCAGCUUACUGACAAUCAUGUCAGAGGUAGCUGGUUUUUUAUUUUGACGAGAGGCUAACCCCAGAACUUCUUAAAACUUUUUCAUGCGAAAUUUUUGGUACUAUUUGUGUAUAUGAUUACUCCAAACUGGUAAAGAAACCAAUAGGUUUAAAAUCGCAGAAUUAUAAAACCAGACAAACAUUUCUAUUAUAUUUUAACCAAUAUGUCUUCAUAACUUGAAAUUAUUUUAGUAAAACUUUCCCAGCUUUACGAGUUCUGGGAAAAGGAAAAUGUUACCUUGCGAAAUAAGAUCUUCCUUAUUCUCCGUAAGUAACUUAUUUCCAUAACGAAGAACGGAAGAUCGUCUCGCUACUACGCAAACUUAGAAUAAUAAAAAUCAUAAGCGCCAAAAUGAGAGCACUAAAAGCUCUCUACUAUGUUUUGUAUCACGUAAUGAAUAUGAAGGCUGUGACAAGUAUAAACUAUAUAGGCAAAAUAGUUUAGUCUAAAACUAAUACAAAACAGUAUUUCUAUUUUAUAUUUGGGAUCAAUGCUUUAGUACAUUUCUUAAUUGCGUGAUAUUAGAAUUAUUCCAAUGAAGCGGAAUUACAUAUCUUCAUAUCUCUUAAGCAGACCAUAGUUGCGUUCGUUUUGCAAGUGAAGUUCAAUCAGAUGAGACCAAAUCAGUGAAUGUCUAGAUCACUUGCAAGAGUUCAGAAAGAACAGCUGAUCUAACCUUCAUCAGAACAGCCUGAAUAUAACCCAUUCCUAAUUAUUUUUAAAUAUACUGAAGGGCAUUGUGAUUGAAUGUUUUCUAUCCACUGCUAUAGUCUGUGACCACAAUUAUUUGAAUUCGAAGAAUUUCGCACAUCAAUAAAAUAAGCUUAACCCUUAACAGGAAACGUGAAUUUUUGGAACACAAAAGGAAACAUGCCGUCUCUCAGACUGCGAACUUCAAGAUGUUCAAAAAAUUAGAGUAAGGCGAAAAGCAAGCAAUAACUUCGCUGAAACUGAUACUGGAUGUUUAUUUUAUGUGUUUAAUACGUAAAAUGCUCAUUUCAAAAUGAUACAAGAACAUAAAAGAAACAUUUUUAUUAACUAUGCUAAAACCAUACAAAAAUAACGCUGUUGUUGCAACAUUCAGAAACUAAAUUAAAACUAUGGAAAAGUCUCAAUAUUUUUCUAUUUUCUAGUUAAGUAAUGAACAAGGAAAAUAUAUUAUAGUCAAUAAAUACAAAAAGAACACAAUCAAAAUUCACUGCAAGUCUCAAACAUUGCCUAUAUUUAUGCAGCUAAUACAUUUGGGUUUGGAGCAUUGAAGACAUACAGGCUUCCUACAUUGUACACACAAAAAUUUGGUCAUCCGAUGGGUCGUUCGGUGACAUAAAAAGCAGGCUUUCCUUUUUUCCAAAACCAAAUUUUCAGCUUCUGUUGCUGGAUGUUCACAUUUGCCAAGGAUGCGAUUUAUCGUAAGUCGCAAAUCCCUAGUCGCUUUUCCAUAUGCUCACGGACCAGGUUAGCGGCCAACAUCUUAGCAAAUACCGAUUUUUCCUUCUGCAAUUCAUUUUUCUUAUAGCACUGGUGUAAAAUAUACGAGUUCACUACCGAUAUAUCCAAUAGUCGGUAGAAAAUAACCAGUGGCCAC